CCCCGCCCAUAGUGCGGCCCUCUGCGUUUCUUCAAUCCCCGGCCUUGCCUUUUAUAGGGAUAGCGUUUCGGAAAGGGCUAAGGCGGACCCGAUCUGUCACUUGUGCCGGAAGGCAAGUAGCGAAGAACGGUUUCUGGGUCUCGGGGUUCCGGUUCCGGUGCGGUCUCUAUGUCAUCGCUUUCAUAAAAAUAAGCCAGCAGGCGUGGGGUCCGGCGCAGAGAUCUGUCACACGGCCCCCCGGAGAGACACCCGGAAGAUAUGGGGACGGACCAGGACGACAGCGGACCCCGGCGGCAAUUUAAUGCGGCCGUGUCCGUCAUCCAGAGUUUGCCUAAAAAUGGCUCAUACAGUCCAUCUUACGAGGAGAUGUUGCGUUUCUACAGCUACUACAAGCAGGCCACGGUAGGACCCUGUGCCAUCUCCCGUCCUGGAUUCUGGGAUCCUAUUGGCCGAUACAAGUGGGAUGCCUGGAACAAACUGGGGGCAAUGAGUCAAGAGGACGCCAUGUGCGCCUACAUCAAAGAGAUGAAGCUGGUGGCUCAAAAGAUAAUUAACACGGUGCCGCUCGAUGACACGUCUCCUGAGAUGUUCGAGCCUUUUCGACCCCUGUAUGAAGUGAUCCCUGACAUGCCGCGUCCCCCCGAUUCCUUCUUCAAGAAAUCCCCUGAGCAAGAUAAUUCCGGUGAUGAAGACGCUGUACCGUCUCAGGAGGAGGCUGUCUACUCUCCGUCCGAAACCUCUCCGAGAGCCGACCCUCAAUACGACCAAACUCAACUAUUCUCGCAAGCAGUGCAUGCUGGGGAGGAAAGAAGCGACCCUGUAGGAGAGGCAACGUCCGUGAAUAAGGUCCGUAGCUGGGCCAUUGAUGAUGACGAUUUCUGUGACAGCGUGGAGGACGUGGAGCUUGAAAAGGAUUGGGAGGGUACCGAGUCCGGGAUACAACCCCAACUGUUUCAAGCAGCCUCCGAUAUCCCGGUGUCGAGGCAUCAAGGCGGGCAGCAGAAGGAGGGCUCGCUAACCAAUUCUGCAAGCGACAUAGAGAUAGGGCAUAAUUCACAUGGGGAACAGUGGCUUGAAAACUCUAGUGGCACAUCCAAUGGACCACUGGUCACAAAGGGACGGCCACCGUAUCAGUUGAACCCUCAAAUCACAGCCACUGUAGAGGCUCUACAGACCUCUAUGCAGGGCGUCUGUCUGCGACUUGAGGUUCUGGAGAAACUCCUGCAGGAUCAGCAAGCGAAGAUGAGUCCAGUUCGACCUAAGAAAGCAACGGCACCUUGGAGCUCUCUGCUCUCCCGUUCUCGGACUCUGUUCCUCAUCUUCAUUUGGCCGUUCAUUGUGCACUGGCUGCUGCAUAGAUUAUAUAGAAGGAAAAGAUGACGUCCGUCUUCUUCGGGGAUAACCACAAACCCUGUCUUCGGCCCUCGCAAUGCUGGAUCACAAUGGAUUUAAAUAAUUAAGAGAGCGUAAUUAUAUCAGGAAAGGGGGAAAAAUGGACAGUAGUCAUCUCUCGGAGAACCCUUUCGCCCCUAUUCCUGGUGAAGUCUGUACACCGGGUGCUGCACAGGGGUCUGAUCUGCAUGUGUCAGUAUAGAAACAUGCGCGGAGGGCUGUAUGUGUUUGUAUGUAAGAAUAUAAUUAGUAAACCAAUUUUUAAGACUGUAUAAUGUGCAAUAUUUGGGCUAAUGGGUACCAACUGGUGGCGCUCACUGCUAUUUCCACAACCGUUUGUAUAAAAUUCUAAUGAAAGAGAAAUACACACUCAUGUGAAUAAAUUAUUUUAUAAUCCC